UUACACUCGAACCCCGAUACUCACCCCAGAACCAAUGGCAGAACUGAAUGAGAAGCUUCGGGUUGCUAUCAUUGGAGGGGGCGUUGGUGGCCUUACAUGCGCUAUCGCGCUCAAAGAUUGUAAAUCGCUGGUGGUCGAUCUCUAUGAAUCCGCAUCCAAACUGACCGAAAUCGGCGCUGGCAUCACACUGUGGCAACGUACAUGGAAUAUUUUGAAGAACCUUGGUUUGGAGAAGGAUUUUCUGGAGAUAGCUAAUGAAAAGCCUCGGAACGAGCCUGGUCCCCUAUUCAUGUUUCGGCGAGGGGAUUCAUCUUCUGGGUCAGACCUAUACGAGCUUAUGUCUAUAGGCGCCUUUUUUGCAGAUGGUUUCCAUCGCCACGACGUUCAGAAGGCGCUCUUGAAGAACCUGCCCCCCGGAGUUACAUGUCACCUGUCCCACCGGCUUGUUAGUUAUACAGAAACUAAAGAUGGAAUGCAACUCGAGUUCCAAAACGGGCGCACAGCUUUUUGUAAUCUGCUCAUCGCAGCUGACGGAAUUAAAAGUAUCGUCCGAGUGAAGCUGAUGGCGAAACUGUAUCCUGGAACCGAUAACAAAUUUAUCGCACCCGUUUUCUCAGGGACCCUUGCGUACAGAGGGCUAUUUCUUGUUGACGAGCUUGCGAAAAGAUGGCCCGGACAUCGUGCACUUAAGAAGCGGAUGAUGUACUGCGGGAAAAACAAGCACGUCGUUGUAUACCCAGUAUCACAAGGCCGGUUCAUCAAUGUUGUCGCAUUUAGUUCGGUCCUGUCGCACGAAGGUAAACCAUUCGAUGGACCUUUUGUUGCAGAAGCAAACAAAGAUGAGAUGAUGUCCAAUUUCUUGGACUGGGAGGACGAAGUAAAGGCGAUUCUACAGUGCAUUGACAACCCGACAGUAUGGGCCAUACAUGCGCUCAACCCAUUGGAUCUAUACGCUUCUGACCAAGUUGUGCUCCUCGGUGACGCGGCUCACGCCAUGACACCGCAUCUCGGCGCAGGGGCAGGACAAGCUGUCGAGGAUGCGUACGUUCUCGGGUACCUCUUGUCCAAAUCAGCCGCAACACUGGAAUCGAUCCCAAAGGUACUGGCUGCUUACAGCAAGAUCCGUCAACCAUAUGGGAACCAUAUCCUCACUUCAGCGAAAACCGAGGGGCUCCUAUAUGAAUUCAAUGCACCAGGGUUCGAAGAUAUCCGAGAUGGCGACGACCGUCUAAAACCCAGGCAGAUGGAAGACAUGAUGGAGAAGGUGAAAGAAGGUUGGGCAUGGUCAUGGUCAACUCUGGACCUCGAUCAGGAAGCCAAGGCGCUUUAGAACCAAUGUGGCAGUGGUCCUCAUGUUACAAGUUGUCUUAUGCAGCUUCAUCUUACCCACAGAUAAGAGUGGAACUGAACAAAUGAUAGUUGUUCCCGUCCCUAAAAA